AUGUUGUUUCUCCCGUCGUGCUUAUUUUGACCGGCUGCCUGCCGACAGAAGCGGCAGCAGCAGCACCAGCAUGGCUUACAGCGCUAGGAUCGGUCCGUCCAUUCUGAGCAGUGACCUGUCCUGUCUGGGCAGCGAGUGUGUGCGGAUGAUGGAGUGCGGCGCGGAUUACCUGCACCUCGACGUUAUGGACGGGCAUUUUGUCCCCAACCUAACGUUUGGCCAUCCCAUGGUGGAGUGCCUGAGGAAGUCCGUAGGCCGAGACCCUUUCUUUGACAUGCACAUGAUGGUGUCUCGGCCGGAGCAGUGGGUGAAGCCCAUGGCUGCAGCUGGAGCCAAUCAGUACACAUUCCACAUAGAGGCCACCACCAACCCAGGAAACCUCAUCAAGGAGAUCAGGGAAAGCGGCAUGAAGGUGGGUUUGGCCAUUAAGCCUGGCACUACGGUUGAAGAGCUCGCUCCCUGGGCCAACCAGAUUGACAUGGCGCUGGUCAUGACCGUUGAACCUGGCUUUGGAGGGCAGAAGUUCAUGGAGGACAUGAUGCCAAAGGUGAGCUGGCUGCGGAGUCAGUUUCCUUCUUUAGACAUUGAGGUAGAUGGAGGAGUCGGCCCUGACACCAUUCACAAGUGUGCAGAGGCAGGAGCCAACAUGAUCGUGUCCGGCAGCGCUGUGAUAAGCAGCGACGACCCUCGCUCGGUGAUCGCUCUCCUGCGCACGGUGGUCGCUGAAGCGAUCCAGAAGCGCUCGCUGGACCGUUGAGACGAGCUCCUCUUGGCUACUCGCCUGUGAAAGUCUCACACCGCAGCAGAUAGUGGACCAAACUCAAGGCAAGGGUCUCAGCCAGAGCAGGGGGCUUCUCUGGAGCUAUCGUGCUAAAAGCUAAAUAACUUUGAUGUAAGUGAAUUUGCAUCGUGCCUCUACUGAGCUACAGUAUGAACUUUAUCCUGUCCUUCCAUAAUCUCCUCUUUGAACAGUUAGGUCAAAGUAAGUCUCAAUGUUUUGAGAUUGGAGCUAGAGUUCCACUGAUUUCACAUAUGUAAACAUUCCUGAAUGAUCUGAAUUGAUUUUGCAAAUAAAAUGGUUCAAGAAGUG